AUGGUACGCUCCACUGAAGGUCAAAAAUUUUUAAGCCUUUGCCUCAACAACCGAUGGAAGCCAUAUUACCCCCAAGGAAGCCCUGUUCCGACUUGCUAUGACAUCUGUAUUCCUGGUCUGAUUGGUCAUUGGCGCAUGAACGAGCAGACUGGAGAAGAGGUGGCUGAUGACUCGGGUUAUGAGAACCACGGCUUGGCUACUGGCCCGGUGCCUAAGUUAUCCAAGUUCACACGUGGUCGCUAUUUUGACUCCAAUGGAGUCAUCUUGGUUCCAGACUCCCCGGUAUUAAAUUCGGGGAUGUCAAGCUUCACCGUGGCUGGAUGGAUUAAGAUUUUGGAUGUCUCUUACCCCCUGACAACCUUCGCUGUCCAGAAGGGUUAUGGCUGUUUAUUUCCCCCAGGCCAAGAGGGCUGGAAAGCCGGUUGGGAAAUAGGGCAUGCUUAUAGUGCCAAAGGACUUUACGUUUGUAUACGAGACAGGAAAAACAGAAUGGCUCAAAAAAGAAUCGAAUUUGAUGAUGGCUUUCAGCAACAUCAUCUUCUUAAUCAGUGGGCUCAUUAUGCAGUUGUCUUUGAUCGCCAACAGCAGGAGAAAGUCUUCCUUUACAUCAAUGGCAAAAAGCAGUCGGAUUCCCUCGACAUCUCAGCAGUACGAGGCAGCGUUAACAACGACAGACCACUCGCAUUUGGUUACCUCCACGGCUGGAAAACUAAGGGAACUCUGGAUGAAUAUCGAGUUUACAACAGGGCCUUAGGCGACUUAGAAGUGGGUGCCAUCUUCAAAAACCACCUCGUGUGA